UGAAACCAAAAGCAAACCCAAAAAAAAAAAAAAAAAAAAAAACUUUUUUUUAAAAGAAAAAAAACAAAAGAAAAUCUCUAAUCCUACGCACACUCUCUGUAUAUCUUUUUUAUCCGUACACUCGCCGGUGAGGAAAAGAAAAAACCGCAACUAUUGCAGCGGUUUUCAGUAUUCGUUUGUUAAAACGGCGGCUUAUUACUGUUCGUUUCUUGUAAUCGAGCAAAACUCGCUGCUGCUAAACGCGGUUUUUGUUCUUCUCUUUCUCCGGUGCCGGAGUAUAUUUUUAAAUUUUUUUCCCCAUUUCCGAUGAGUCGCCGACUUUCUGUGAGCUCCGAGAGCUGAGAAUAUGGGUUGCGUUCUCGGCACGGAAGCUUCACUCGGUCGCCGAAAGUCUAACGGAAAUCAGACUAGCCGCCGCAGCCGACGACGGAGCAUCGAGGGACCUACCGGUGCCGUUGAUGUUAAUGCCGCCGUUAGAACGGUUAGGAAGGAAGUGACGGAGCAGAAGAAGACCGGCGAUGUAACGGCGUUAGAGCGCCGGAAACCUAGGUUGGAUCCUUACUCGAGGAAUGAACAAGGAUGGCCUACUUGGUUAAUGGCCGUAGCUGGGGAAGCCAUUGAAGGUUGGACACCUCGGCGUGCCAAUACAUUCGAGAAGCUCGCUAAGAUUGGGCAAGGAACUUAUAGCAAUGUAUAUAAAGCAAGGGAUCUAAUAAGUGGGAAAAUAGUGGCUUUAAAGAAAGUUAGGUUUGAUAAUUUGGAGCCAGAGAGUGUGAAAUUCAUGGCCAGAGAGAUUCUUGUGCUUAGGAAGCUUGACCAUCCCAAUGUGGUUAAGCUUGAAGGAUUGGUCACCUCAAGAAUGUCUUGUAGUCUUUACUUGGUUUUUGAAUACAUGGAACAUGAUCUUGCUGGUCUCGCAGCCUGCUCAGGGGUCAAGUUCACUGAGCCUCAGGUCAAAUGCUAUAUGAAGCAGUUGCUCUCUGGGCUUGAACAUUGCCAUAGCCAUGGUGUCUUGCACCGUGAUAUCAAAGGUUCCAAUCUGCUUAUUGACAACGAUGGAGUUCUAAAAAUAGCUGAUUUUGGACUGGCUACUUUCUUUGAUCCUGAGCAGAAGCAGCCCAUGACUAGUCGAGUUGUUACCCUAUGGUACCGUCCCCCUGAACUUCUUCUUGGGGCUACUUUCUAUGGAGUUGGUGUUGACCUUUGGAGUGCUGGCUGCAUAUUGGCAGAGUUACUUGCUGGGAAGCCAAUCAUGCCAGGGCGGACAGAGGUUGAACAACUGCACAAGAUAUUUAAACUAUGUGGCUCUCCAUCUGAAGAAUACUGGAAGAAAUAUAAAUUGCCAAAUGCAACACUUUUUAAACCACAACAGCCAUACAAGCGAUGCAUUGCAGAAACAUUCAAGGAUUUCCCACCUUCAUCGCUGCCUCUAAUCGAAUCUCUUCUUUCAAUAGACCCUGAUGCACGAGGCACUGCUACUACUGCUUUAAAUAGUGAAUUCUUUUCCACUGAGCCUUGUGCUUGUGAACCAUCAAGUUUACCAAAAUAUCCUCCAAGCAAAGAAAUGGAUGUAAAAUUACGAGAUGAAGAAGCUAGAAGGCAAAGAGGUCUAAGUGGGAAAGCUAAUGCUGGUGAUGGUGCCAGAAGAGUUAAAGUUCGUGAUCGUGUUGGUCGGGCAGUUCCAGCUCCUGAAGCCAAUGCGGAGAUUCAAGCCAACUUAGAUAGGUGGAGAGUUGUGACACAAACGAAUGCAAAGAGCAAGAGCGAGAAGUUCCCACCUCCCCAUCAGGAUGGAGCGGUUGGGUAUCCACAAGACGCAUCCCAUAAAGGACCUUUAUCAUUCGGCACGCAGGAUGCUUCUUUCAGCUCAUCAGUUUUCAAUUCGAGAUCUUCAGUUUCUGUUAAAAGUAUGGGAGCAGCUGCUGGGGGCUCUUCAAGGAGGAGAAAAACCAACAGAGAUGAUCUCCUAAUGGCUCCAUCUCGAAAGUUCAUUCGAUCGUUCAAGCCUUCAUCCGUUGGGCUCUCAAUGAAUCUAUUAUUCAAAAGUAAAUAAUAAAUGAAUUCAUGAGGUUUUUGUCCCAAGAAUACUAUAGAAAAGCUCUAUCAAUGUGUCAUAGAUUUUUUUUUUGGUGGUUUUCUUCUCUGUUCUUGUUUAAUUUAGGUUCUUUUUGUCAAAACCAAGCAUGGUUUUUGGAAGCAAUUUUUUUUUUUUUUUUUUUUUUUUUUGGGUUUUCUUCAUGGUUCCCAUUUUUUGGUACUUGUAACGUUAUAAUUGCUCUGUUGUAUCAUCUACGGGAUGCAGACAAGGACUCUGAUGUAUAUAUUCAGUGGAAAAUUGAGUCCUACUUCUGUUGUACAAAUUUUGGAGCUCUAUGUGAAUAUGUUGAAAGAGGUGUUACUUUGC